AUGGCGAUGCCUUUGGACAUGGCGAUGUAUCUGAUGAGAAUGGUUUGGUUUUCACUGAGUGGUUGGGUCUUCACUUGUUUGUCGAUCGCCGACGAGAUCGCUGGUUCACUUAGAAACGGAGAUAUUGAGAGAUUUGGACCCCCUUUGCCUUUGCCUCUGCCGUUUAGCCCUGUCGAGGAGAAGAAAGUCGUUGCUUGCAUCGUGGGAGAUGAUGGAUACUUCAAAUCUGUCAACACCGAAAACACCGAGAUGCAAAGGCCGAGGAGGUACAGUGGACUGCAGUCUUGGGAUUUAGAUGGCGUUUCCCGACACUGA